UGAGAGUUCCCCCAUAAGGAUUUGCAGCCAGCGUGCCCUCACGUACAGUUGCAGCCUGGAGCGGGACAUGAUAUUUUUGGGUCUCAUGUGAGGAGGCAGGGCUAUAGGCAGUCUAUAGGACUGUUGUGUAACCUCUAUAACGCGGUCAGCCCGGGCCCUGUGUAUUACGAGCCCACUGCUGCGAUCACCACAAGUACCUCACAGCUCGGCCCCUCCCCUGACCCCGCCUCUCCAGUGUCAGCCCCGCCCUCCUGCUCCUCACAUGGUCCCCGUGCUCUGUACACUUUCCUCCCGGUUACUUUGUGGCGGUGCCCGGCUGUCGUGCUUCCUCCUGCCCCUUACCCGUCUCUCCCCAGCCCCAGGGUGGAGCCUGCCGCCCCGUUAUUUAAUUCCCCCAGGCCGGGCCUUGUUGUACUCCUCGCCCAGGAAGUGUUUGCAGCAGCGGAGACCCACGUGUGUGCACCAUGGAGCUGGAGGAGCUGGGGAUCCGGGAGGAGUGCGGGGUGUUCGGCUGCAUCGCAUCUGGAGACUGGCCCACGCAGCUGGAUGUGCCCCACGUGAUCACCCUGGGGCUGGUGGGCUUACAGCAUAGGGGACAAGAAAGUGCGGGCAUUGUGACAAGUGAUGGAGGUGCUGUGCCAACAUAUAAAGUACAUAAGGGUAUGGGUCUUGUCAACCAUGUUUUCAAUGAGGAGAGUGUCAGGAAGCUGAACAUGAGCAAUUUGGGAAUCGGCCACACAAGAUAUUCUACGUCUGGAAAUUCUGCACUAGAAAACUGCCAACCAUUUGUGGUUGAAACGCUACAUGGAAAGAUUGCAGUAGCUCAUAAUGGGGAACUUGUGAAUGCAGCUGGGCUCAGGAGAAAGUUGAUGCGUCAUGGCAUUGGUCUGUCCACAAGUUCUGACAGUGAACUCAUCACGCAGCUCCUGGCUUUCACGCCGCCUGAAGAACAGGACCACGCCGCUGACUGGGUAGCACGGAUAAGAAACUUGAUGAAUGAGACUCCGACCUCGUACUCCCUGCUCAUCAUGCAUAACAGAGAGAUCUAUGCUGUCCGCGAUCCGUAUGGCAACCGUCCUCUCUGCAUUGGUCGGCUCAUUCCUGUGACAAGUGAGGAAAGAGGGAAGAACAGAUCAGAAACAGAGGGAUGGGUAGUGUCCUCUGAAUCCUGUAGCUUUCUCUCCAUUGGUGCAGAAUACUACCGUGAAGUUCUACCUGGGGAAAUAGUGAAAAUCUCUCGUGAGGGAGUACAUACUCUGGAUAUUGUACCCAGAAAUCAUGAGAAAGACCCCUCUGCCUUCUGUAUCUUUGAAUACGUUUACUUUGCUCGGCCAGACUCCAUAUUUGAAGGGCAAAUGGUGUAUUCCGUCAGAAGAAGGUGCGGUCAACAGCUGGCUAUUGAGGCCCCAGUAGAGGCAGACCUGGUCAGCACUGUGCCAGAAUCUGCAACCCCUGCAGCUCUGGGAUAUGCGGAGAAGUGUGGUAUUCAGUAUGUGGAAGUGCUUUGCAAGAAUCGUUACGUUGGCCGAACCUUUAUUCAGCCAAACAUGAGGCUACGGCAACUCGGUGUGGCAAAAAAGUUUGGCGUCCUGUCCGACAACUUUGUCGGCAAAAGAAUAGUGCUGAUAGAUGAUUCCAUCGUGCGAGGAAACACCAUUUCUCCCAUCAUUAAACUGCUAAAGGAUUCUGGAGCCAAAGAGGUUCAUAUAAGAGUGGCUUCUCCCCCCAUAAGGCAUCCCUGUUAUAUGGGAAUUAAUAUUCCCACAAAGGAAGAAUUGAUUGCUAACCGCCCGGAGUUCAAUGACCUGGCAGGGUAUAUCGGUGCAGACAGUGUGGUUUACCUCUCCGUGGAAGGACUCACUUCAGCAGUGCAUGAAGGCAUCAAACAUUUCAAAGACCAACAGAAUGGCAUUAAUGGUCUGAACAACUGCCCCGCGUCUCAUGGCCACUGUACGGCAUGUCUUACAGGGGAGUACCCUGUGGAACUAGAGUGGUGAUCUUCACGUCUUUUAUGUCAACCUGUCAUAUUUUUUCCAUCAUCCCAGCUGGACAAUGGGGUCACUUAUGGAAAUUGAUGUAAAGUGGGGGUGUUACCUGAAGAUUUUUCUAAAGCAGAACUUUUUUUUUAUUCUUUUAUUUUUUUUUCGCGGAGUGACUGCUGCUCCAAAACAAUCUGUCACCCGUUACUUUUUAAAGCUGAAAUGUGGACAAAAUGUUCAGUGACACCUCUGAAUUCCAUAAAUGACCUUUUUCUGGACUUUAUAUAUUUUUUUUUUUUUUCAUUUUUUUUUUUUUAUAAAUGUGCAGUACGUUGUCACUAAACGUAUGAUCCUUUUUAUGUCAUAAGUGCAAGAUUUGGUGGACUGACAAUAAAGCAUAU